AUGGAAAACUUCAGAAAAGAAGACAUAGUCUUCUGGCUAUUUUGCAUGGCGGUGCCCAUCUUUAUGGCUUACAAUGGUGGAGCUACUGCCGGCACGGUAGACACCAUCCAGAAGGCAGGGGGGUGGAGUCGGACGGGAUUGGGUCUUCUGGGCGCGAUGGACAAGGUUGGAAUGACGGUGUCAGCUGGAGUUUGGGGGUAUGUGCUGCAGAUGGUUCCUGCUAAGCUGCUCCUCACGCUAGGUCUCUUCGUGAAUGCAGUCGCUGUCACUGUGUUCUCCUUGACCAUGAACUGCUACGUCAUGUACACGGCAAAGUUUUUGAUCGGGCUUUCCGAAGGACUCCAGUGGGUCUGGAUGCCGCUUUGGGUCGUGAAGUUUGCGACCGAAGAGAAGCUGCCAACGUGGAUCAACCUCUCAGGUUGCGUGGCAGCUGGCGUCGGCGCCGGCCUUGGCAUUCUGAUCGCCGGCUUUACCACAGCACAUCACUUUCCAUAUGCGCUCCCUUUCCAGAUCGAGGCAGCAUUUCUUUUCGUCCUGUUCGUGGCCAUGUUGCUGACACCCGCCGGUGAUCUUGCAAUUAGCAGUGCCGGCCGAAGCUCCGAAGUAAAAGACGAAAUGGUUCGGUCUGAAAAGCGCCUCCGCGCCAUGUCCGACAUUUCAAACAGAUCGGAAGGAAACGGCGAGACUGUGCAGAAUGCGGACAUGGACACUGGUCGACCUACCACUCCGAGAGGACGUCCUGGGAAUCUAUUGAAUACCAUAAGACUCGCUGAGGACGUGCCUUUGGGCGAGCAGCUGUCCCUUCUGUGGAAGAACAAGCUUUUUUGCAGGGCAACCAUGGCCUUCGCCUCUUCCAACUACAUCAAUGCUGGUCUUGCCUUUAUUUGGAUUCGGCUUUUUAUCCAACUCUGGUCAAUGGAGAGACAGAUAUCUACUGUGAGCUUCCUGGCGAUUACCGGUGGAGGUGGUGCCAUCGGAAUUGCUCUCAGCAGCAACCUGGAAAAGGCCCAGGACAUCCACCGCAUCCUCAUCUUCCUACAGAAAGCCAUGGCGGCUUCAUGCCUGGGUGCGUUGAUGACCGUCGCAGGACUGCUUCUGCAACUGCUCCAGAUGGAGUCGUCAUAUGCUUUGACAGCCUUGACCUUGACUCUCACCUGGGGUGGCAUCAUAGUUCUUUGCAUGGGCCUUGCUGCAACAACCGGCCUCAUUCAGAUCGUCUGCAACAACUCAGUGGAGAAUGAGAAGGUGCGUAGCCUGGGGACGGGCAUUGUCCAGGGCGCCAACAAUUUUGUCGGCAACUCACUGGGACCCUUUCUGCCACAAGUGGUUAUGGACUCCCUAGCGAAGAGCACGGGUGCCAAUGAUUCUCAGACACUUUUCUUCGGUGCCGUGAGCAUCGUGGGCGCAGCUUUCAUCGUGUUUGGAUGUGUCACGUUUGCCUUGUCAGAGUCUGCGAGCCAUCAUGCCGAAGAGCACCAAACGACUUUACCCAAAGUGACAGAGGAUGCCGCUGAGCAACCUCUUCUCAGCAUUUGCUGCUGCAGUGGAGACCAACGUGCACCCGAAGACAAGGACACCGAUCAACAACCACUUCUAUCCAUUUGUUGCUGCAGCGUGUCCCGCAGUGUUGACGACAAGGCGAGCUGCCGUGUGCCGGUGCGGCACAUUUAUCUUCCAGAAGAAGCAGCACCCCUAAAAUGCUUCGUGGCCAUGGGCCAUCAUUCCGGCCAGGCCACCGACACCCAACAGCCGUCAAGAUGGAGGGAAUGGGAGCAUCUUCAUGAUGCAGACAAGGUGCAGGCCAUGCGGCGUCUCCAAGACGAACAAGAGUCGAUCAUUCCGCAGGAAGACUGGGAGUUUCCCACUGGAACACGCCUGGCCUUCCAAAGCCCAUUGCAGGAUUUCGUUUUUGGCAGCGGAGCAGCGUCUUCAUUUUUGGUCUUGUUGGCUGGUUAUAGGUACAGUAUGGUGUCAGUCAGCGUGCCGCUGGAGUUUGAAUUUGGCAUCGAUCAUCAGGAGGCUGUCCUAAAGCUCGUGGAUGCCAGUAUCCAGGAACGUGAAUCCUGUUCCAGGCAGCCCUACAAUGUUCCUAUGGCCCUGGUGCGAAAUUCGACGGUGUUGCCUACUUAUGGAGCUUCUGCUCUGGCUGAAGGGACGCUUUUGCGGUUGAGAUCGCAAACAGCCGAUAACACGGUCCUGGGGGCAUCGACGAUUUUUCCACAUACCACCUUCAUGAAUGGUGGGUACUACAGGGUCUGCUACAGCCCAGACGGCAGUAUGACAGGCAAUGAGUUUUUGAAUGCAAUCGUGCCAGUGGACAUUCGGGUGAUAGGAGUCGCAUCGCCUUGUUUGGGAAAUGGUUGUCUUGCCGAAGAACGUUGGGAUUGCUAUGUUUCUUACUUUGGGGAGGAUACCAGCAACUGCUUGAUCGACUUCCGUGCUUUUGGGGGUGGCCGGGAGGGCUGGACAGUUGAAGCAGGAACUGCCAGCAAGUCUGCUUGGACCGCAGCCUGGGAUCGGGAUACGUUUCUCUUUGGGGAAUAUAUUCCAGCCCCCCGGAUUCGCUGCUCUGACGUGGUGACUGCGGAGUACAUCGCACCGGAAACUACCGUUUUUGAAGAGUUUGCAUGGGCUCCUCCCACGGGGAUGGGCUUCAUUACCGAUGUGUUUACUCCACUGGAGAUGCCCCGUCUCCGCCGGCAAAGUGCAGUGGACAGCCUCACGAUGUCUGUGUGCUAUUGCCCCAGCUACGACGGCCCCGUGGAUCCUACGAACGACCCGUGCGACCAUGCCAGCGAAUUCAUCCAACCUAUCGGCGUGCUCUACUACUGGCUCUUGCGAGUUUGUGAUGUGGGUGGAACGGCAGGAUGUGGUGUUGUCGCUGAGCCCUUUAUGAGAGUACUGCCGCAGCAGCCCUUCGCUCUGCGUUUGCAGUGCCCUCCGGGUAGCAGCUCUUGUUCGGGAAGCUCUCAGAACCAGAUCAAGUUUAUACCUGGCACUUGUCCAGUCUGCGCGAUUGGAGAAGCCAUUACCAACUUGCCGGUUUGGGACCCGAAUUCGCGCUGCCGUGCAGGGGCGGCGGUAAGCGAGCAGAUGCUUUUCUAUCCUCCAAAGUUCGAUGAUGAUGGGAUUCCAGUCGAUCCUGCAACGUAUCGCUUUGGAGGUGACAGGCGUGACUACAAGUUCUGGGACGACCCUUACCUUUUGGGAAGACUUCCGAUGAGCGAGCAGGUGCAAGUGUGCUAUUGCGACGCAGAGUGUUGGAACUUUUACAAUUACUUCGAAGUGGGCAGAAUCCGAUUUGCGGACACUGCCGGCAUUGCAAGGUGGUCAAAGCCAUUCGACGAGUUUCAGUUGAUCCAGCCGAUUCAGACGGUGGAGUACGUGGGUAAGCCUGGUGGCAUCACGCUUUUUGGCGGGAUUCGCUCCAACAUUUCGGAAGGCAUGCAUCCUUACGACAGCCUGUCCUGGCGACGGAAGACUACGAUGAAAAUCCUUUCCUACGACAAUACUGCGAACUACCCGGGUCCUGACGGUACUGCAGUCACACUAGAGCAACUUUGGAAUCUACACCGGGAGUACACUGCAAGGGGGAGACGGGGAAUGGAUGAUUCCUGCGCUUACAAUUCCACAGACGAAGCCGCGAUCAACGGCCCCAGUACCGAAGAAAACUCGAAGCAGUUCAUGGCUUGGGUCGGUCCGGAUGCCUCCCAGUACUUGCCCUUCACAGGUAGCGAAAACGACCAGACCUUCUUCUUCUAUGCAGCUGGCGUGUAUGCAGUCUGUUAUUGCUCAUUCUUGGAUGCUGACGACAACUGCGCUGAGUCGAAUGACUACAUCUUAGCCGCCAUGGUCAUGGUGAAGGGCACGCGUUCUGGCCAGCUCGUGCAGCUCCCCACCAAGACUUUAGUCCGGAUUGACUUGGAUGGCUGGGGCUUCACCACACAGGACUCUCUCCGGCUCAUCACCAUGACACAGUCUUGUUCGGAGAACGGCAACAACCCCGGAGGCGUUCUUGACACAUAUCGGCUACGUUGCCCGGGAAUUGAUGGGGAGUCGUGUCGCUUUCCGCGUGGAGAUGAAGACAUCCCUGUGUCGCUCAUAUCGUCAGAGACGACAGGUGUGUACAUUGAAAGCGUUGUCCUGGAAGAGUUCAAGACAAUUCUCGAGUUUAGUGGCGACGUGACCUCGGAGCUAUUGGAUGGCGAUGCCAUCACGCUGGAUGAAGCAACAAUCCUUCUAAAUGGCCGUGGGCAAAAUGUUUGGACCGAGACUGAACGGUACCUGGUUUCCAAGCUUUCAGGGUUUUACAACUUUGCGGAUGAGCCCGACAAAAUCCGGAUGUUGUGGAACCGCAUUUCUUUGGUGGACGCUGCUGCUGGAUCUGGCCAGGUUUACGAGACCAAUAAGCUCAGCAUUCCAGUAGGAUGGGCAGACGGAGUAGAUGCACCCGUUUUCACGUUUGUCGACGCCAAAGGUGGUUGGCAUCGACGAAACCGGCUGCAGACAAAUCAAGAGAUCAAAGCCGAGGCGACCGCGACCUUGAGAAUCUGCUGGGCAGCCAAUGAUGGCGGCUCGCAGGAAUACUACAGCGAUGCUGGUGUUUUGACAUUCAUCACUCCGGCUACCAUGGCGGAUGCGGGUGUUUACUUCACGAGCUGGGUGAGCGGAACGGAGGCUCCCGUGGUUAUCUCGUUCUCACCUACCCGGGGCAAGCAAGACUACUUGCGCGACACUGCCAUCGUCCUCAGAAUCCUUUUAAGAGAGAUCCCUCGAGUGGCUGUGCCGUUGAAAACUAGCCGAACCGGGUUUGCGGGUGUCGAGAUGGAGGACAAUGAGACAGUCUCGGCCGAAAGCAUGAGUCAGGCUGUUUGUGGCAGCUUGUUCCUUGAAAUGUGGACGAACGAUGCUGCUGGCUUCCCACUGCCACGAGGAUGCUAUUAUGGCCCACUCUACACAGAUGCACCGCAAUUUGGUGGACAAGCCGAAGCUUCGUAUCGGGAAUACUUCAUCGAGUUUGAUCCGAAGCACGCCUUGAAGGAGGAAUGUGUUGGUACAAACCGGCAGUCCAGCUGCGUAUAUCAGUUGGUCUUGAACAUGAGGAUUCAGCAUGAUGAGUUCAUAACUAGACGGGAGCUGAUCAGCCUCUACACAUACUGCGCUGGCAGAGCGGGGUAUGCAACCAUUUGUGGGCCGCGGUACAGUGUGAUCGAGUAUGGGCAGGUCAUCCCAAAGAACGGGGUUUGGCUACCGGAGAUCAACACCACCAAGCUGGGCCGCGUGGAGCUCUUGGACCUCCAGGAAGCCAGUCGUCUGACGGCCAGAGGCCUCCGUCCAGCCACGCGGCUUUCGUAA